AGCCGCCCACUGAUGCAUGAACAUAAGGAGCCACCACGGGGGCAGCAGUCAAGAGGGGUGGAAGGAGGACCAACUGCCCAGACCAGGACAGCAAGAAGGUCCGGACCAGAAGCGACGUUUGUGAGUACCAUGGGACUGGUACUACACUGGCUCCAGGAUGUGGCAGCCGUCACUCUCCUCAAAGCACGGCGGACUUUACUCCAGGCUGCCAUCCUGUUUUGUGUCCUGCUGCUGCUCCUUUGGGUGUCCAUAUUUAUCUAUGGAAGCUUCUACUACUCCUACAUGCCCACUGUGAGCUUCUCCACCCCUGUGCACUUCUACUACACCUCUGAUUGUGAUGCCUCCGAGUCAGUUCUGUGUUCCUACCCCACGGCCAACAUCUCUUUCAUGAAGAACGACAGGGACCAAGUGAUGGCUUACGGUCAGCCUUACCGAGUGUCUUUGGAGCUAGAGAUGCCAGAGUCUCCGGUGAAUGAAAACCUGGGUAUGUUCAUGGUCAAGAUGUCCUGUUACACCAAGGGUGGCAAGACUGUCUCAUCAGUGGGCCGAUCUACAAUGCUGCAUUACCGCUCCAGCCUUCUGCAGAGCCUGAGCACUUUACUAUUCUCUCCUUUCUUUCUGACUGGGAUGGCUGAGCAGAAGCAGCUCAUAGAUGUUGAGCUCUUCUCAGACUACAAGACAAAUGCUUUUCAACCCUCUGUCGGUGCGGUCAUUGAGGUCCAGUCCAAACGAGUGCAGAUCUACUCGUCUCAACUCCGUAUCCAUGCUUACUUCACUGGUAUACGAUAUGUUCUGUACAACUUCCCCCUGACAUCUGCAGUAAUCGGCGUAGCCACCAACUUUGCCUUCCUCAGUGUCAUUGUGCUGUUCAGCUACCUGCAGUUCGUAUGGGGCGGAAUCUGGCCUCCAGACCAAGUGAGAGUCAGGGUUAUGAUGGGGGAUAACACCCGCAUCCAGCAGAGGAGAGAGGAGGCUCGGAAGCGCAUGGAGAAGGAAAACUCGCAGAAGGACCUCCGGGCUCCUCAAGUGAUCGGAUAUGUGAACGAGGCAUCUGAUUUCCAGGGAAACGACACGGUGGCAGGGCCGUCGUCAAAGAAGCCCUCAGAAAUCAUCGACGCCUCUGUGGCUGAUGUGCCUGAUACCAAGGUGGAAGGGCCUCCUGACGUGAAGGGUCCCGAGGAGGAAGACGGCUCAGAAGUGUUGGAUGGAUGCCAACAGCCUCAACAGGGUGAGACAGCACUCCGACAGAGACCAGGACCGUGGAUAAGCCUGUGAACCAUGCCACUGCAUACAACAAAAGCACCUAUAGUAUAUGCUCAAUGUUUCUGAAAAAAUAACACAUGCAUUGUUUUUAAGCUAACAAACUACUGCGUGUUGUCUUGUGUUGAAAAACUUUACCUCCAUGUAACUUUGACCUCUUCUCAUGUCUCCCUGCAUAUUGUCUACAGCACUUCUACAGUCUUAUGUUUUGCCAUAAUAGUUUUGAUAAUGCCCAUUACAGGAGAUACUACAUUCCAGCUCUGGCUUGUCCAACAGAAUUAGGCCAUACCAUUCAGGUGGAAGCCAACAUUUUUACACACCCUUUUAAAAUCAGUUGAACUGUAAGGUUGCAUUUUCUCAUAUCACAGCCAGCCUUCAAUAGCUGAAUGCACAUAUCCUGACAUUUCUACCAUGAUAAUACAAGUAGACAGUAACCCUUUUUAUUACCAGUGCAUACGUCAGUAGCUGCCACAUACUUGGAACAGAAAUUAUAUACUUUUUGGAUUUCUAAGAACGUUUCCCACCCUUUUAAAGGACACAGAUAAACAAACCUCGUGAGACUUUUUUCACAGAGUCCCUUUCAGAGCAAUUCUUUGGAAAAUGUGCCCAAAAUAGUGUCUUUGUUUUUAAUAUCUGCUUGUAAAACUUGUGUCCAGCCUGAGGGACACAGUGAAUGUGUUGCAUUUACUAUACUUUUUCAUUCACAGAAGUUCCGUCUUAGUUUAAUUGGUGAUUUAAUAGCUGUGGCAUACUUGGCAUACAAGCUGCAAUGCUUUUACAAACCAGGUUUUCAUUCCAUCAACACACAUGUUCCUUUGUAUUCAAUAUCUGUUACAGUGCAGUUUGAACACUUGAAUUUAAUGUUGGGAAAAUGGUAUUUAUUUUGUUUUCAACAAACGCACCAAGAUAUUUUAGAGGGGUAUUUUAAGUAAUAUAAGUAUUUUAAUUUAACAUGUUUGUAUUUAACAAUAAGGAACAGUAUAGGAUGGAUAAGUAAAGUUACUGCGAGUUAAAGUUAAGUGCGUUUAUGUCAGAGUAUGUGCAAGUGACAUGGGAUUCUGUACCAAAGAUUGUUAAAUAUGAUGCACUUAUUACCUGUUAUAUUGUAUUCUGUUGUGGAAAUAUUCUUGCAAAUGCCUCUGAAGUUACAGAGUAGGUGUUAUUUAUGUGUUGACCAAAUUAAAUAUUCAUGCAGUGGCAACCUUCUUGUUUUUUAUUGUCUCUUGUGUACCUUUUGGUGACAUCCCUGUUUGUUCUACAUU